AUGUCUCAACAAUCGCCGUUGGCGCAUCAGCCUCAGCAUUACGGCGGUCCUGCGCGACCUUCCAUGCCGCCGAACAACGCUAUGCAAACACCACAAGGUGGUAAAACUGCCGCUCAAUACCUCGCAGGAACCAACGAGCAAGUGUGGCUACAGCUCGGUACACUGUCUGAGGUCAUGGGCGAGCUUGACGGAGCGACCCAAGCAUACGAACGCGCCAUGAAUUUCAACCAAUGGUCUGUUCCCGCCAUGCUCGCUAUCUCGUGCAUCCUACGCUCGAAAGAUCAGUUCACGAGUGCGGUCGAGUAUCUUCGACAGAUACUGAAGGUUGAGCCUACAAAUGGCGAAGUAUGGAGUAGCUUGGGUCACUGCUACCUCAUGAUGGACGACCUACAACAGGCAUACUCAGCCUACCAACAAGCUCUGUACCAUCUGCCAGAUCCCAAGGAGCCGAAGCUCUGGUAUGGGAUUGGAAUUCUCUACGAUCGGUAUGGCUCUCUAGAGCAUGCCGAAGAGGCAUUCUCGCAGGUCAUGCGGAUGGAACCCAACUUCGAGAAGGCCAACGAGAUCUACUUCCGCCUUGGUAUCAUAUACAAGCAGCAACAGAAGUUCGCCCAAAGCUUGGAGUGCUUCCGUUACAUCGUCAACGAUCCGCCGCGCCCACUGAGCGAAGAAGACAUCUGGUUCCAGAUUGGCCACGUGCACGAGCAACAGAAAGACUACGACUCCGCCAAAGCCGCAUACACUCGCGUCCUCGAACGGGACCCUACUCAUGCCAAAGUACUGCAGCAACUCGGCUGGCUCCAUCAUCAGCAGAGCACAAGCUUCAGCAGCCAAGAGCAGGCGAUCGAGUACCUGGAGAAGUCUGUCAAUUCCGACCAAACGGAUGCACAGAGCUGGUACUUGCUAGGCAGGUGCUACAUGUCACAGCAGAAGUAUCCAAAGGCGUAUGAAGCUUACCAGCAGGCUGUAUAUCGUGACGGUCGGAACCCGACGUUCUGGUGCUCGAUCGGCGUGCUCUACUACCAGAUCAAUCAGUACAGAGAUGCGCUCGACGCUUACUCUCGUGCCAUCCGGUUGAAUCCCAACAUCUCCGAAGUCUGGUACGACCUUGGUACCCUCUACGAGUCGUGCAACAACCAGACCAGCGACGCACUCGACGCAUACACCAGAGCUGCGGACCUGGAUCCAACCAAUGUGCACAUCAAGGCACGUCUGGCGCUGCUCAAGGGUCAGCCGACGAAUGGUUUGCCCAAUCAGGGCGGUGCUCCCCUGCCACAGGAUGUGCAUCCUCAAGCCUACCAACCUGGUGCUCUUGGAGGCGGUCCUCCUGGUCCACAAUGGGGUGCGCCCUCGCAGAACCCACCUCCACCGGGCCCUGCGCCGCCGCCUCUCGCUGCUGGCAACAAUUGGGGCGGCAACCGACUGGCUGACUUGCAAAACCCUCAGAUGCACCCACAGCCCAUGAAUCCAUAUGACCAACGAGACCGUGCGCCGCAGCAAGCUCAGCAACCACCGCAACAGCAGCCUCCGGCGAAUGCGAGACCACAGAGUCCACCGCCGUCUCGCCAAUACCAAGACUCUGCUCGUCCAGCGCCGCCAGCUCACCGAGGUCUCGGGUCUCCCUCGCCCAAAGGGCCGCAGUCUACACCAGCUCCAUACCAGCCAACACCCCAACGUUCCGCUCAACAGCAGUUGCCACCGCAUUUGGCAGGCCCAGCACAUCCGCAAGAGCCUUCCCGACCACCGUUCUCGUCGCAGCCGUCGAACGGACCACCGCCUGCGAAUGGUAUGUCAACGCCGUCGGCACAAAACACGCUGCCGCCGUACGUUCGCCCGCAAGACAAUCAGCCAGAGAUCAGACCACUGGUCGGACAGUCGGCCCCGUCGCCAAGUGUGGGACACCAAUAUGCCCGACCGCCAUAUGAGCACCAUCCCAACUCAGCCGCUCCCAGCAUCGCGAGUGGGGCUCCACCGCCGACAUCCGCACAGACAGCCGCUGAUGCAGCUGCAAGAGAGCGCGAAGAGCGACCGUCCAGCACCGUGCCCAAGCGACAUCGCGAGUGGGAAGAUGAUCCCAACAUGAGCGCAUCCAAGAAGCCAACCACCGAGGACACAAAAUCUAGGCUCGACGAGAUAAAGAUGCAUCGCCCUUCACCGCCUGCACAGAUGGGUACUCCGCCAAACCAUAGUCCAUCUGAACUGCGACGUAUGGAUGAGCCGCGACCGACCUCAGCUUAUCAUCCAUCUGAAGCCGCGCACCACCCUUCAUCGCUACCAUCGAUGCAAUCUAUCACGCAGCGGUCCCCACGCUUGUCCGCGCCUCCACAAGAAGAACAGCAACGCCCACCGCUACCUCCUUCUUCGGUGUCCCAGUCACAAGUGCCAACACAAGGGCCACCACCGCCGCCCCAACAGCAGCCACCACCGACCUCAACGCCGGCGCCAGUGUCCACUUCAGCGCCAGCACCUCCACCCGUAUAUGAGCCUGCAGCGCGGCAAAUGGAUAUGGACGAGAACUACGAUGACAGUGGCGAUGAGGAGAAGCGCUCGGCAAAGCAGGAAAGUCAGAGGAGCAGCCCUAAGGCCGUCAACGGUGCUUCUGCUGCGCCGGCGACGAGCACUGUCGAGCAGCAGGCUUAG